AUAAAAGGAACGUUCCACUCGAUGCACUCGGUUUCAGGUGUGUCUGCCUAGAAAUGAUCGUCAAAGCUGUUGUACUGCUGCUGUGCUGCGCUACCGGAUUGCUCCGUGGAGAGCAAGUCCGGUACGAUAACUACCGUGUGUACGAAGUAGCGAUCGCUGAUAAAACGCAGCUGGAAGCUCUGCAAUAUUUGGAACGUUACCCGGAUGGAUAUCUCUUUUGGGAAUCACCUGUGCAGACCAAUAUGAAGCUUAACAUUGUCGUGCCACCGCACAAGUAUGCCGAGUUUGAUGAGCUUAGCAACCAGCUGGCCUUAGCGCACCGUUUAAGGGUUCCGAAUCUCCAACAGCUCAUCGAUGACGAGAGCCCGAAACGAUCGAGACGUGCCUUUGAUUGGGAGGAUUAUCAAACGCUGGAAGAAAUUUACAGCUGGAUCGAUGAAAAGGUCGCCGAAUUUCCAGCGAUCGUUUCGGUAGAGACGAUUGGUAAGUCGUACGAAGAUCGUGACAUGAAGGCGGUCAAAAUUUCGUACAAGGAAGGCAACCCGGGCAUCUUCAUCGAGUCCAACAUUCAUGCACGUGAAUGGAUCACGUCGGCCACCGUAACGUGGCUGAUGAACGAGUUUCUUACCUCGACUGCACCGGAAGUACGCGAGUUGGCAGAAAACUACGACUGGUACAUCCUGCCGGUUGUUAAUCCCGAUGGACUCAACUACACCAAAUCUACCAACCGAUUGUGGCGCAAAAAUCGCUACCCCCACAAUGUGCUUUGCUACGGUGUGGACAUGAACCGUAAUUUCCCUGGCCAUUGGAUGGAGGGCGGUGCAUCGGCUGUCCCCUGUACGGACACGUACGCCGGACCGGAAGCUGGUUCCGAGAUCGAAACUCAAAACAUUAUGAACUACUUUGUGAGCGUUAAAGAUAAGGUGAACGCCUAUUUGUCGUUCCAUUCGUACGGACAGUACAUACUCUUCCCGUACGGUCAUCAGAAUGCGGAAUACUCUGAAAAUUAUUACGACAUGAUGGAGAUGGGUGAAGCGGCCGCCGUCGCCAUUUACAAUCGGUUCGGUACACCUUACGAGUUCGGUACCACGGCUGACGUGUUGUAUAUUGCUUCGGGAUCGUCCCCGGAUUGGGCCCACGGUACACACGGUACCCCGGUUGCUGCCACGUUCGAGUUCCGCGACAACGGUGUCUACGGAUUCAUUUUGCCCCCGGAUCAGAUCAUUCCGAACGCGAUGGAAGUGCUGGACGGGUUGGUUGCAUUUUUCCGCAAGGGAAAGGAGCUAGGUCACUUUAAUGCGUAAUGUGUAGAUAAUGCGAGCUGCGUUACACUGUAAUUGAUAAGAUUAGAGUGGGCAUUUCAAAUGAUACAUAAUAAUAAACAUUGCUCAUUGGUUGUGUUGCACAAUGCUACUGAAUCAA